CAACUCUCUUCUAGAAGCAAUUAGGCUCACCUUCCACCUCCAACACCUAUCUCUCCUUCUCUCUCUCCAUAAAACCCUCAACAACAGAAUCAAAAGCAACAUCUUCACCAUCAGAAGAAGAAGAAGAGAGCUAUGGGAAGAUCUCCUUGCUGUGAGAAAGAACACAUGAACAAAGGUGCUUGGACUAAAGAAGAAGACGAGAGACUUGUCUCUUAUAUCAAGUCUCACGGUGAAGGUUGUUGGCGAUCUCUUCCUAGAGCUGCUGGUCUCCUCCGUUGUGGUAAAAGCUGUCGUCUCCGGUGGAUUAACUAUCUCCGACCUGAUCUCAAAAGAGGAAACUUUACACAUGAUGAAGAUGAACUUAUCGUCAAGCUUCAUAGCCUCCUCGGUAACAAGUGGUCUUUAAUUGCGGCGAGAUUACCUGGAAGAACAGAUAACGAGAUCAAGAAUUACUGGAACACACAUAUAAAGAGGAAGCUUUUGAGCAAAGGGAUUGAUCCGGCUACGCAUAGAGCGAUCAACGAGGCGAAAAUUUCUGAUUUGAAGAAAACAGAGGACCAAAUUGUAAAAGAUGUUUCUUUUGGGUCUAAGUUUGAGAAAAUAGAAAAGUCUGGGGACAAGAAGCAAAAUAAGCAUAUUAGAAAUGGGUUAGUGUGCAAAGAAGAGAGAGUUGUUGUUGAAGAAAAGAUAUGCCCAGAUUUGAAUCUUGAGCUUAGGAUCAGUCCACCAUGGCAAAACCAGAGAGAAAUAUCUCCUUGCACUGCGUCCCGUUUUUACAUGGAAAACGGCAUGGAGUGUAGUAGUGAAACUGUGAAAUGUCAAACAGAGGAUAGUAGUAGCAUUAGCUAUUCUUCUAUUGAUAUUAGUAGUAGUAACGUUGGUUAUGACUUCUUGGGUUUGAAGACAAGAAUUUUGGAUUUUCGAAGCUUGGAAAUGAAAUAAAUGAAUAGUGAAAUAUAAUUUUUAGAUGUGU